UCCAGUUUAUAGGGCUAGAAAAAAAAAUUCUGAGGAGAAGAGCAGAAGUGGAGAGACGACAUGAGAGAAGAUCGGCAAGAAUCUUCUCCGGCCAGUAGCUCUAUCUUACAAAACAGGUUAUACAAGUAAGCUGCAGAUCCUGAAGAGAUUAUACUACUCGUAGAAGAUUAGAUAUAGACAGAUAUAACCAAUUCAACUGUCCAUCCAUCCAAUCCAAGCAGCUAGGAGGGAGGGAAAGGGAGGACCAAGACCAACGUUGGUGUGUGCCUAUAUAUACUCACCGCACCUAUCCACCUUGCUUCCCUUCCCUUCCCUCUCCCAAUCCAUUCCUCAAUUUCGAGCUACACCUCCCAAGAACUGCUGAUCGAUCGAGAUAUAUCCAUGGAGCGAGAAGAGGCUUCCACGACUAGGACGGCGGCGCUGAGUAUGCCAAGGCCGGGGAGCAACAGCAGCAGCAGCAGCAAGGUGUCGCCGCUGCCGUCGCGGUUCAGGCGCGUGUGCGUCUUCUGCGGGAGCAGCCCCGGGAAGAAGGCGUCGUACCAGGUGGCCGCCGUGCAGCUCGGGCAGCAGCUGGUGGAGCGCGGGGUCGGCCUGGUGUACGGCGGCGGCAGCGUGGGGCUCAUGGGCCUCGUGUCCCGCGCCGUCCACAAUGGCGGAGGACAAGUCAUCGGGGUGGUGCCCAAGGCGGUGCUCCCGAGCGAGCUGAUCGGCGAGACGCCGGGGGAGCUCAAGGCGGUGUCCGGGAUGCACCAGCGCAAGGCUGAGAUGGCCCGGCGCGCCGACGCCUUCGUGGCGCUCCCCGGCGGGUACGGCACGCUGGAGGAGCUGCUGGAGGUCAUCACCUGGGCGCAGCUCGGCAUCCACGACAAGCCGGUGGGGCUGCUGAACGUGGACGGCUACUACGACUCGCUGCUGGCCUUCAUCGACAAGGCCGUGGACGAAGGGUUCAUCGCCCCAGCGGCGCGGCACAUCAUCGUCGCCGCGCCCACCCCCGGCGAGCUCCUGGCCAGGUUGGAGGACUACGUGCCGGCACACCACGACGCCUCCUCGGCCAAGCUCACCUGGGAGUCGUCCGUGGACACCAACACCAUGGUCUGCUCGCCGGACAUCUCACGCUAGCUGGCUGGCCGGACUUAGUACCCGGCCUCAACCGCCCAAGAUUGACAUCAGAGAUACACCUGAUUAUAUAUUCAUCCAACCAAAACGUACACAUGUACAUACUGAUACCCGAUAUCUUUUGUAGUAGAACCUUUACAUAUCUUGGACUAGUUAAUUAAUCAAUUGACUGUCGUUUCUUAGCAACUA